GGAUUCACUCAGUCUUCCAACCUCGUGACCCCCAUGAGUGAGUUCACACUGGGGGGAGGGGGGGGGGGAGGUGUUUAACCAUCGCAGUUGCCCUGUUUACCUAAGCUCUGUUCAUUCACAGUUGCUGAAUCUGGUUGCAAGUCCACAAGUGUCUGCUGGUGUGUGGUCUGUGGUUUCUGCUGCUGCUCAUCACAUCUAGGACUGAAUCUUGGUCACUGGGCACAGUUGGGGGAUAGAACAAGCAGAGGAUUGAUGCUCGGGAAUCUCAAACUCCUUCAGUUAACCAGCACCUGAACGCGUGGGAGGGAUUCACUGUGUCAGCUGAGCCGACGAGGCACCAUAAAUUCCGCAGCAUGGAGACAUUAUUCACUAGCUCUGAGAGUGAGCUGGGAUUCACUCAAUCCACCCGCCAGCAAGAUCACGCUGAGGAGAAAUCAUUUCCCUGUCCCGAUUGUGGGAAAGGAUUCACUCAAGCAAACAACCUGAAGAGACACCAAAAGCAAGUUCACGCUGAGGAGAAUCCAAUUUCCUGUCCAGAUUGUGGGAAGGUAUUCUCUCAAGCCUGCAGCCUGAAGAGACACCAACGGCAGGUUCACGCUGAAGAGAAACUAUUUCCCUGUCCCGAUUGUGGGAAGCGAUUCUCUCAGGCUGGCAACCUGAAGACACACCAGAGAAUUCACACGGGUGAGAAGCCAUUCACCUGUUCCGUUUGUGGGAAGGGAUUUACUACUUCGUCUGCACUACAGACACACCAGCGGAUUCACACAGGUGAGAAGCCCUACACCUGUUCUGUUUGUGGGAAGGGAUUUAUUGCUUCAUCUGGGCUACAGAAACACUUUCAAAUUCACACCGGGGAGAGACUGUUCCACUGCUCGGAGUGUGACAGGGGAUUUAUGCAGUCAUCUCACCUAAAGAUACACCAGCGGAGUCACACUGGAGAGAGGCCGUUCAUUUGUUCUGAGUGUGGAAAGGGAUUUAUUGACUUAUCUGGGAUACAGAGACACCAGCAGAUACACAGCGGGGAGAGGCCGUUCACCUGCUCUGAGUGUGGGAAGGGAUUUAUAUAUCCAUCUCACCUACAGUCACACCAGCGGACUCACACUGGGGAGAAGCCGUACAUUUGUUCUGUGUGUGGCAAGGGUUUCAUUUAUUCAUCUGAAUUGUUGAGACACCAGCGAAUUCACACCGGGGAGAGGCCAUUCGCCUGCUCCAAGUGUGGGAAGAGAUUCAUUCAGUCUUCCCAGCUGAAGACCCACCAGCGAGUUCACGCUCCAAGGAAACUAUUUGCCUCUCCCAACUGUGGGCAGGUCAACACUGAUGAUCUGGUGACCAACCAGCAAAUCCACACUGAGUAGAGGCCGUUCACCUGUUCUGUGUGUGGGAAGGGAUUCACUCAGUCUUCCAACCCAGUGACCUAUGAGUGAGUUCACACUGGGGGAUUAACCAUCGCAGUUGCUGAAUCCAUUUGCUGUUGAACUAAGCUCUGUUCACAGUUGCUGAAUCUGGUUGCAAGUCCACAAGUGUCUGCUGGUGUUGGAGUCUGCGGUAUCUGCUGCUACUUAUCACAUCUAGGAUUGAAUACUAUUCACUGGACAUGGUUAGGGUUUUGUUCGGGUGGAGAUUGACUGAGAAUUCACUCAGUCACCUGCGUUAUGGGGACACCAGAGAAUUUGCACCGGGGAGAGGUCGCUUGUUCAGCUGAAGACCCAACUGCGAGUUCACCCUGUGGAGAAAACAUUUGCCUCUCCCAGCUGGGUUUCACUGGUAAAU